GCUUGAGCGUCUCCAGGAUCCCUCAGUCAGAUAGGACCAACAGAAGGAGAUUCGACCGGACAGCAGCUGCACAGACAGGGAGAAAAUAAACAGAUCCUUUCAGCUAUGGCUGUGUUUAUCGCCUGUGGAUGAUCAUUUCCAACAUUUUACCAGGUCUCCGGUCAUCAUCCAGUCUCGCCUGCAUGUGAGGACCUGUAAGUGAGAAAGGAUUAAAUCAGGAAUCUGCCACCUCUCCUCAGUGGGUGUGAUUUUUUUGGCCCGAAUCAUGGGGAACCAGCUGACUGAUAUUGCCCCCAACACAUCAUUCCUGCCGAGCUUCCAGCGUCUGCACGUGGUGGUGAUCGGUCUGGAUUCGGCUGGGAAAACUUCCCUGCUCUACAGGCUCAAACUCAAGGAGUUUGUGAAAACAAUCCCCACCAAGGGCUUCAACAUGGAGAAGAUCAAGGUAGCAGUGGGGGCGUCCCGAGCUACAAACUUCCAGGUGUGGGACGUGGGUGGCCAGGAGAAGCUGCGUCCCCUCUGGAAGUCCUACACUCGGCGAACAGAUGGGAUAGUGUUUGUUGUGGACUCUACAGAGUUGGAGCGUUUGGAGGAAGCCAAAGUGGAGCUCCAUAAGAUCACCCGCACCUCAGAGAAUCAGGGGGUGCCGGUGCUGAUCCUGGCCAACAAACAGGACCUGGACUCAGCCCUGUCCAUCAGCGAGGUGGAGAAACUGCUCUCCGUGCACGAACUCAGCAUCUACACGUUGUACCACGUGCAGGGCUGCAGCGCUGUGGACGGCCAGGGGCUUCAGACAGGCUUGGAGAAACUCUACGAGAUGAUCCUGAAGAGGAAGAAGACAGUGAAGAACAGUCGAAACAGAAAGAGGUGAGCUCUCUGCUCUUUGCUUGUGAGCAUAACCCCGAGGAGAUCGUCUUAGUGUUGGGACACUUCCAAGCUGAAUGAGCUACUUUUUUUCCUGAAGGACAGCAAUUUGUGCCAACAGAAUAACACCAAUUACAAACUGCCUUUAGGAUCAGCAGAAAUGGACUUGGCCAUAACUCCGAAGCAGUAUUGACUUUCUUGGUGGUGCAGUCGUGGAAAGCUGAGCUUAACGAUUUAAUAUUGACAGCAGUUAGUCAUCACCAAGUGCUUGUUUAGGCCUGAUUUAAAGAAGAUUUCUAUCAGGAACUAACACAUUUAUAUUGCAGGAUUCUGGAGAAGAAAACCUUCACCGGCUUUCACAGAGGACUGUUUUUAUUCUUCCUGAAAUAUUUAUUCAAUGCUACUGUGUGCGUGCUGGACAAAUGUGAGAUUCUUCCUAAUAAUACGACAUGAAACAGUGUUCUGUGGUUUCAGAGUAUUAAUAAUUCACCAAAAAAAAGUACAUUCCUGUCAUCAGCACAUGCAGAUGUUACGUUUCAGUUUAUACAAAUUGUAAAUUUUUGUAAACUUAGAGACUGAAUAAAUCUAAGGACUGUAUGGAAAAUGUAAUGCUAACACUGCAUUUUAGGUGACAUAAAUGAUUUAUUUAAAAGCAAAAA